AUGGCAUCAAAGGGAAAAGCAAAAGUAUCAGGGGGAGGUAUCUCAAAGGGAAAGAAAAUCAGAUCUAAGAAAUCCGUAGAUGUAAUGAGCAAGAAAGAGUUUUACAAUUUGACUCUUCCUUCAAUAUUUGAAACAAAGCAGGCUGGUGUCACCAUAGUAGAUAGAAGUCAAGGAAACUACUUUGCACCAGAUGCUGUAAGAGGAAGAACAUUUGAAGUAAACCAGGGAGAUCUCAUGACAAGCUCAAACACUCAGUCAUUCAGAAAGUUCAAGUUUGUAGUUGAUGGAGUAAGAGGAAAGGAUGCCAUUAGCAGUUUCCACAGUAUGGAACUUAUUAGUGACAAGAUAAAGAGCAUUCCAAAGAAGUGGCACACUCUUGUGGAGACAUGCAGCAAAGUUGAGACUGUUGACGGAUACACUCUAAGAGUAUUCACUGUCUCCAACACCAAGAGAAAGCCAAAGUCUGUUAAGAAGAACUGCUACGCAAAGUUAUCACAAGUCAAAGCAAUUAGACAGAUUAUAUUUAAGAUUGUGUCCGAGGAGCUCAGUGGCUGCAAGAUCAAUGACGUAAUGAAGAAGUUAAUGAAUGAAACCAUUGGAAUGAGAAUAGAACAGGAAGGCAUUAAAAUAUACCCUCUCCAGAACUGCCACGUUAAGAAGGUAAAGGUACUGAAGAGACCAAAGAUUGACGAGACUGAGUUUGAUGUCAAGCAAAAGGGAAAGAAGGUCGAAAUGGUAUACGAGCCAGAAGCAGCCCAGGUUGUGGCAUAAGC